AUGACAGAAAUUAAUGCACCACCUUCUUACAAUGAAGCAAUCCUUCAAAGAAAGUUAUCUGAACAAAGGCAUACCACUAUAGUCAACAAUGCCCAAAUUAACGAUGAAAUUCAACUUUUACAACCAUCGGCAGAUGAACUUAACACUGCAAAAGACAAAUCACAACAUAAAGAAACAUAUCCUUCAGACCAUCCCACCGAUCAAAAGGGUAACGGUAAAGUCACUGUAGGAAAAGUACUUUUGAUCGGCUUAUUAAUGCUCGUCAGUCCAUGGUGUGCAUGCAGGAUGAUCAGAAAAACAAAUGAUCCUAAUGGACAACAAAACAAACGCCCUCGCUCAAGAGGCUGUUGUGGACAAAGCUGUAACGGUGAUCGAAUGAUUAGACAACAACAACGCGGUGAAAGAAGAAUUCAAAGAUUAGAACGUAGAAUUGAAAGAAAAACGGAAAAGAUGGACAGAAAAGAAGCAAGGGAUAAACUGUGUGACAGGAAACGUGAAAAAGGUGAAAGAAAAAUACAAAAAUGGGAAAACAAAAUUGAACAAAGGCAAGGCAUGAUUGGUUCAACAUGCGGACCAAGUAAUGCUCGCUGUCAUCGCGGUACUGCAGCUCACACGAGGGCUAUGAAAUGCUAA